AAGCCAUCAAAAAACAAAACAAUCAUUUCAAACAAACAAAAAAAUCCAUCAAGCCAUGGCUUCAAUGCAAUGCUACAAAGAAGAAGGCAAAGAGUUCGAUUACUAUAGUUAUGGAAACCAAAAACCAACUUCUUACUCGAGCUCUGGAUACGAACAAUCUUACUACGAGAAAGAAAAGUGUUAUGAAACCAAACCUGAAAUGAUGGGCUACGGCGCUAGCCAUGGCCAUCAACAUGGUAGCAACCCAUGUGGGCCAAUGAUGGGCCAUAGCACGGGCCAUGGAAUGGGCUACGGUACGGGCUACAACAAUACUUCUCAUGGGAUGGGCUAUGGUACGGGCCACAACGGUACUUCUCAUGGAAUGGGCUAUGGCACGGGCCACAACAAUACUCAUGGGAUGGGCUAUGGUACGGCCCACAACAUACACAAACCUAAGCCCAACGGGCAUGGAAUGGGAUUGGGCCUCGGAACGGGCACGGCUUUGGGCCAUGUUAUGGGCUUUGGAAAGAAACAUGAGGGACAUAGUAGCUAUGGAAUGGGCUCUUCGGGUUGCACCACUUACAAGAAACAACACCGUAGGAGAAAUGGUUACGGCAGUGGCAGCGAUUGCAGCGAUGACGAGCGUCAUUGCUAAAUUAAUUACUACAGGGUUUCAUGUGUAGCAGCCUGGCUUAUGAGAAUGAUUGAAUUAUAUGUCCCAGUACUAUAAGG